GCAGGACGUCCAAUAUAGAGACUCUGGCGUAAUUCAAGUCUCGGCCAGCGACGUUGGGAGUGAAGGCUUAGACGGAAAUCGUCAGCUCAUCAACCUCCUCACGCAGGCGCGCGACUUGGCCAUUCGUGUUCUGAAUCCUGACACCCUCAAACACCCUAAAGCUGACGCUAUGAAGCUCAGACAGCUUUUGGGUGAGAUCACCGUCUCAGAGUCUAGGGUGCAUGAUGCGAUAGUGUCAGGACUUGAGACAACAUUCUUGACUCUUCCCCGCGAAAUACGCGAUCAAGUCUACGCCUUAGUGCUGCUCUCAAGCGAGCAAAGUCAUUGGAUUCCAGUCGAAGAGCAUGAGAUCCCGGUGUCACAGGGACGCCUCUUUCCAUUUGACAUAUCGCAUGUCCGUGAGGAGACAGGUGUUGAAUUGAACCUUCUUCGCGUCAGCAAACAAGUCAGAUACGAAGCGGAAGAGUUUUUAUAUAAACACAACGGCUUCAACAUACCGCUCGCAGAUGCUCGUUUUCCAGAGGGAACUUGGGACUGCACCCGCUCGCCACGACGAGUCGACGAUAUGCUCUCACUACGCAACUUUCACCGGACUCUCGCACCCCCUGCUUUCGACAUGAUUAGGCUACUUGAGAUCAAUCUUUCCGCCGAUGACGAGCUGCUUCUCGGAGUCAGCGACAGCCUCUACUGGCGAAUGGACCUUACCGAGCUGGAAUACCUCAAAGCCGUGGAUCCUCAACACAGAGCGAAAUACGCCCGGGAAUGCGCCACGCCGAAAGGCCUCGUGUUGGACCAACAUCUGUGGCUUUUCGCCGUCUGGGUGAACAAGCUAGAUCAUGUAUUCAAGAUGCCUGCUCUGCGAGAACUGUUCGUUGGAUUCAAGGACUGUAGAUGGCCGCGGCAUAGCUCGCAGGCUUUGAUGACUCGAAUGCGGGACAGAAAGAAAAGCAAUCUGGGAAACGUAGAUGUCACUGCUUCGGGCGUGGGGAAUGAUUACGCGAAUACUGGAGAAGACAUGAGAUGCGCUUUCGACGUUCUUACCACUGCGCGCGGGUUAUGGAGCCAAAUCAAGGAGCCUGAUGAGCUCGGAGAAAUCGAUGAAUUCAGAGCAAACACGGCGGACUGUGACUUGCAGUACUCGGUUGAUGACGAAUAGAGUUGCUCGAACCUAAUCGAGUCGGAUGGUUUCUGGUGGAUCGACGAACCCUUUCCUGUAGGUGCCGCGGACUGCCAGUAUUAUUGUGUAUAUGAUGUCCCUGUAAAGGCAC